AUGUUCCCGACAUUCUCUGGAAAUUCUAGACGCCUACGAAACGUUAACCUCAGCGGCCAGAGGCACACCAACCCGUUCACAGCGCACUCGCUAUCUCCAGGGACCGGCUCUGGCGCUUCCAAGACCGUCGCAGAUGCCCAGGCCGGCCGCCGGCAACGCCAACAGGAACGUGAGGAGCUCAAGGCCGCACGAUCGAUCCAGCGAACAUGGCGUGGCCACCGAACGAGACGGCAAGUGAAGGCGGGGCGGCGGCAAGCUCUAACUGAGCUGUUUGACUCUUCGACCUCUAUGACGUCCGAGGAGCGGAUCCCGCGAGCCUUCCCACUCCUGCUCUCGUCCUUUAACGUUCGAGAGGAGGGCGACUUACAGCUGCUUUUCUUGUUUGCCAAUGAUCUGGCACAGACAGACUAUGCAGCUCUCACAAACGGGCAGCUCCCACAGGCAAGGCUCUGGCACCUUGUGCACAUCCUCGUGUUGGCAUUGGACCAAGACCAAGCGCAAAAAGAAUCCUCACAGUCCCUCUUCGACCUUCUUAUCUGCAUCGUCCAGUUGCGGCCACAUGCUCUCCUCAACAGCCUCAAAGCAUACUACAAAAUGCUCGCCAAGUUCUAUUGCAUGGGUGCGGCUGCCCUCGGCGAAAACACGGCGUCCUAUUUACAAAAAUCUCUUUUGGUGCCUCUGUUGGCUGCUGGUUCAACACCGGAAACAUUUACCCAACGAGCCUACCUCGAGUUCGCGGCGUCUUUUCUUACGCAGCCCAUUGUUCUGUUGGAAAAUACUGUUGCCUCCCUCUCUCAACACAUUAGCCUUGAUGUCCUAUCCCGAGCUGUGAUUGAUAUUUAUGAGACCGCGGCAAAUAAACCAAGCCGCAGUGCCGACGAGUUGCUUUGGCUUCUUGCCCACGUUGUUGAUUUUCAGAGGCGGCUGAUCGGGGCGAGCCAGGGCUCGCCCCUGUACCUCCGAGCCAUCUACACACAGCUUUCGUUCCUGAAUGGCGAUGUGCGGUUGCAGUUCGCUAGUGGCCGCAUGUCGGAAGAUAAAACGCCCCAGGAAGAGUAUCUGGCAGCCCAGAUCAGGUCCCUGGUCAAUAAGGAGGAAAUUACAAAGCUCCUUGAACGGUUCACGGCCAGCCAAGCGAGCUCUUCUGGUCAAGACUAUGCAAGUCUACUCGCCGGAUAUGCUGUUGUACUCAUUCGGUGCUUUCCAGACAAGGGAGACGACAUUCGCAUGCAGUUCUUCUUGGCCGAUCUUCCUACAAAGUCUGGGCCCGUGCCGGCGGUGCGCUUUUUUUGGGAGGCGUCCAGUGCAACCUCACUUUUUGGCCAAGUGCUCAAGUCUCCGAAAACAACCUUGGACUAUUUAUUGCAGCGGAAACGCUCUCGCACGGCCGCGAUGAGUACUUCAACAUCGCAAAGCGAAUCGACAUGGGAUCGAGAGUGGCGCACUGUGCUUUUGUUCCUCGAGCUCUACACGUUUGUGUUGAGACUUACAGACGAUGACGACUUCUUCUCUGGAUUUUCCAACCUGACGUCUCCUUUCAGAGAGACUGAGAAGCAGCCUGGCUCGCGGCUCCGGUCUUCUGCGUUGUCCCUGGAUGCGCUAAAGUCUCUGACUUUGUUCCUGAAGAAUCUGUCCUUCACACUUCUUUACAACGCGUCGGAUCUGCUGCAAAGUGAUUCUUCGGAUACUGUCUUCCAGCCGUCUUAUUCAACCAAAUCCAAGCGCUCUGACGAGGUCGGCAAUUACUUUGUCGUGCCGGGCCUGGAAUUUCGUAUGUUCAAGACCAUUGUGACGACGGCGAUCCAAAUGCUGUACGAGCGCGACUCUCGGCGCCAGUUUCUCCCACCUGGCCACUGGCACAUGACCUCGCAUUUUGAUAUGGCACAGUUUGUACCUGCUGUCGUUACCGAGGAGCAGCGACAGCACGACCUACAGCAUGCCGGUGAUGGCAGCGGGAAUGAGGACGUGGACAUGGACGAUGACGACAGUGAAGACGACAACAUGGAAGAGCACACGCACACGGCGACGUCCCGCACAUUUGCACGCACAUCCCGAUACGCGAUGCUGGAGAGAAUGCGACGCCAGCGCGAAAAGUCGACCCGCGAGCGGCAGCUGGCGACGAUCGGACCAAAACUUGAAAUUCUGCGAAACAUGCCCUACAUUCUUCCGUUCGAGGCGCGUGUGCGGAUCUUCCGGGAAUUUGUCCAGCUCGACAAGUUUCGGAGGCGGGAGGGAUUCACCGAUCCCGAUUCAUGGCGUGCGCACAUAAUGAACCAGCACGGUGGCUGGGGCGAGAACAGCCCUGCACGGGAUAUCGUUGCGCGCCAUAGUGGACGGAUUCAUCGAGAUGCGAUCUUCGAGUCGGCCUUGCAAGAUUUCUGGGAGCUUGGCGAAGGUCUGAAAGAACCUAUCCAGAUCACGUUUAUUGACGAAUACGGCAACGAAGAGGCCGGCAUUGAUGGUGGUGGCGUGACGAAGGAAUUUCUCACUUGUGCCCUUAUGCAGGUGCUUUCUCAACAAGACGAAAUUUUCUCUGCGAACAAGGAGAACGCAAUCUAUCCCAACCCGACGAGGCUUGACCAGCUGAAGGUGAGGCUGCAGAAGCAUGGCCUCACGGAGGGGACGGAAGGUUGGGACGACAGGAUUGCAUACCUGAUGCGCACCUACGAGUUCAUUGGACGGAUGAUUGGCAAGUGCUUGUAUGAGGGCAUCCUUAUUGACUUUGUGUUUGCGGGAUUCUUCUUGUCGAAGUGGGCCCUAUCAGCGACGGACUCGGUAUACCGGGCCAACAUCAACGACCUGCGCGAGAUGGACGAGCAGCUGUACGAGGGUAUGCUGAAGCUGAAGAACUAUGACGGCGACGUGGCCGACCUAGACCUAGACUUUACGAUCGAGGACCAGAUCUCCAGCAACAACGAGCGGCUGCAGACGGAGACGCGCAACCUCGUGCCCAACGGCGACAAGCUGCGUGUGACCAACGAGAACCGCCCGCUGUAUAUUUCCUACGUGGCGCGGCACCGACUCAUGGCGCAGCCGUAUCUGGUGACCAAGGCGUUUCUGCGUGGCCUGGGCACGAUCAUUGACCCGGUUUGGCUGCGCAUGUUCAACCAGAACGAGCUCCAGCGGCUCGUGGGCGGCGACUCGUCCGAGAUUGACGUGGAUGACCUGCGGCGCAACACGAUCUACGGCGGCCUCUAUGUCAUCGGCGACGACCACGAGGAGCACCCGACGGUCAAGCUCUUUUGGGACGUGGUGCAGUCGCUGCCGGAUGAUGACCGGCGGUUGCUGCUCAAGUACGUGACAUCGACGCCGCGCGCGCCGCUGUUGGGAUUCUCGCAGCUCAGCCCCAAGUUUAGCAUUCGCGACGGGGGUAACGAUGAGGCGCGGCUGCCGAGCACAAGCACGUGCGUUAACCUGCUGAAGCUGCCGCGAUACUCGACGGAGGAGACGUUGCGGGACAAGCUGUUAUAUGCGAUCCGGUCGAACGCGCGGUUCGAUCUGAGCUGA